GGCUUGGCGCGUCGAUGGCGUCUCCCGCUGCGGAGGAGAGGCUGUGAGGCUUUUGGGACUCCCCGGGCGUGCACGGCUGCCGAAGCUCGGUGCGGCUUUCGAACGCUAGUCGUUUGGAGUCAAAGAGUAAUGCUCAGCCCCCUUGCGUCCUCAAAGCACGCUCACGCCCCAAAAACCGAGCUAGCGUUCGUAAGACACUAGCGAGCACGCCUUUUUGGACAAGCUUAACCCGGCGCUACGCGGCAGAAAAUUCGACAGAGAUAGACAUUCGUGACGGUCGAGCCCUCGCGCAGCCACCUCUGCAGCGCGCUACGCUCAGGAGCCUGCGCAGUCUGAGAUUCGUGACCGUCCCGCACGCCCGCCGCCGCGCCCGUCCACCACCACCGCGCUUACCUCUCUGACCCGCGAUCUACGAACAAAUCCUGGCGUCUUUCCUGAGCCGGGCCUACCGCGCCUGGACCGCCGGCGAGAAGGGCCGCAACACGCUCCUGGAACGGGCCCUCGACGAACCCAUGGCCCUGUUAAGGGUCGCCUCCGACGCCCAGAUGGACGCAGAAGCACCUUUGGAAGGGAUAGACUGGCUCAAGCUGCCUCCCUUGCAAAAGCGCGGCGCGGAGCGACGGACCGAGGCCUUCACCGGGGUUGGCGUGGUCCUGGGCAUCAUUGCGGCUUGCAUCGCGGGCACGCAUACCGGUGUUCAGUUGAUGUCUUGCGUGCCGGACCACGCCUUUCGGCGGUGGCUGCCUCUGCUCGUCUACGGCGAAGCUUCUAUUGCGCUCAUUUGUUUGCUGGGCCUCAUGUUCGACGACAGUGCGGUCAUAAAAAGGUCGAAGCUGACGUGCGCGCCGACACCGCCAUCGGUCAAGACGUGGCUCCAGCUCGCGGAGAGUUCUAAAGGCCGGAAGAACAUCACCGGAGACGAUGGAAGGGUCUACUGCGUCCGCUGCCACGUCUGGAGACCGCGCGAUAGUCGCGCGCACCACUGCGCGACGUGCCAGCGGUGCGUCGUGGACUUUGACCAUCAUUGUGGGGUGUUUGGGCGGUGCAUUGCGGGAAGUGGUUUCCGGGGCAACAUGAAGUGGUUCGUGACCGUGAUCGCGUGUGGCUACGCCGGCGCGGGCACGGCGACGGCUUCUCUAUUGCUUGGUGCUUUAAAGUGCGGGGAGAUCGGUGCGGCGUCGUACGGCCAGUUCGGGCUCGUGGCGCUGUUAGCUUACGCGGGUUUGGCCGUGGCGGGCUGGCUCGUGAUUCUGGCGUGUCGCUGCCUCGCGUCGCUCGUGGACUGCGUUUCGGAUCGGUCCGAGCGGGGGCUGGAGCUCGUUUGAUUGCUCCGGAGCUCUG